CACAGUAACAACAAUAUUGCGUGUUCUGGUAUCAAGGAAACAUUAGAAGCAUAUGUAGUCCGAUUACCUAUGUCUUUCAACGAACUCAGCAUCAUUGAUCCGGUCAUCAUGGAUUUAGAAAAUCUGCAGAUCCUUUAUUACCAUGGCAACCAAAUCAGUGAUUUAAAAGAGAUAGACAAACUUCAGAACCUGAAAAAUCUGCGUAAAUUAACUCUACAUGGUAAUGCUAUUGAGAAUGACAAGAUGUACAAACAGUACAUUCUCUCUAUGCUGCCACAUCUUGAGUACCUGGACUUCAGUUUGAUCACCAAGGGAGAUCGGAGGACAGCUAGCACCUGGAACAAGAUACAAAACAAAGGCUCCAAGAAACCGAAACCAAAAGACGAUGAGGACUGAGGAAAGUGUAAUACUACAGUGUAAAACAACGUAACUUUGUCAGGCGUAAACAGUCGGUGUAAAACAACGUAACUUUGUCAGGCGUAAACACUCGGUGUAAAACAACAUAACUUUGUCAGGCGUAAACACUCGGUGUAAAACAACAUAACUUUGUCAGGUGUAAACACUCGGUGUAAAACAACAUAACUCUGUCAGGCGUAAACACUCGGUGUAAAACAACGUAACUUUGUCAGGUGUAAACACUCGGUGUAAAACAACGUAACUUUGUCAGGCGUAAACACUCGGUGUAAAACAACAUAACUUUGUCAGGUGUAAACACUCGGUGUAAAACAACAUAACUCUGUCAGGCGUAAACACUCGGUGUAAAACAACGUAACUUUGUCAGGCGUAAACAGUCGGUGUAAAACAACGUAACUUUGUCAGGCGUAAACAGUCGGUGUAAAACAACAUAACUUUGUCAGGUGUAAACACUCGGUGUAAAACAACAUAACUUUGUCAGGCGGUAACACUCGGUGUAAAACAACAUAACUUUGUCAGGCGGUAACAGUCGGUGUAAAACAACAUAACUUUGUCAGGCGGUAACACUCGGUGUAAAACAACAUAACUUUGUCAGGUGUAAACACUCGGUGUAAAACAACAUAACUUUGUCAGGCGGUAACACUCGGUGUAAAACAACGUAACUUUGUCAGGCGUAAACAGUCGGUGUAAAACAACGUAACUUUGUCAGGCGUAAACAGUCGGUGUAAAACAACAUAACUUUGUCAGGCGUAAACAGUCGGUGUAAAACAACAUAACUUUGUCAGGUGUAAACACUCGGUGUAAAACAACAUAACUUUGUCAGGCGGUAACACUCGGUGUAAAACAACGUAACUUUGUCAGGCGUAAACAGUCGGUGUAAAACAACAUAACUUUGUCAGGUGUAAACACUCGGUGUAAAACAACAUAACUCUGUCAGGCGUAAACACUCGGUGUAAAACAACAUAACUUUGUCAGGCGGUAACACUCGGUGUAAAAUUAUGGAAUUUACCCAAAGUAUUGUUUUAUGACAAUAUCAUAAACAUUGUUUUAUAUAAAUAUUAUUAUUAUUUAUAUAAUCAUACAGGUAUACAAUUAUUCAUUGUUCAGUGGAGUAUGAUAAACAUUGUUUUAUAUAAAUAUUAUUAUUAUUUAUAUAAUCAUACAGGUAUACUAUUAUUCAUUGUUCAAUGGAGUUUUGAUUUUCAAAAAAAAAAAAUCAGUACUUAGUUUAUCUGACCUGGAGGGUCAGCCUCAGAACCACCUUACCCAUUUUGAUGAAAGCUUCUAUGGCAUAAGGAGGCCACAAUAGCUCAGUCAGUUGGAAGGCAUUAAAGUUUUUAAAAGCUCAUACAGAAGUUAUUUUAAGAAAUGCUAUUUGCGUUUUUACCAUAUUUUGUACACAAAAUUUUUUAAAAUUUUUGCGCUGUGUGUUUUAACAACAAACAUUAGCUCAGUAUAGCUAUUUUCUACUAAAAUAGCAAAUUUUAAUGAAAGUCAGAUGACUGUCAAGGCCUUUGGACCUCUUGUUUUUUUAUCCCCAGCCCAAAGUUGGUAGAGGAUAUACAAAUGGAUUCCGUCUGUCCAUUUUUCCUGAUAGCUUUCCAGGGUUAGCACGGGCCUUGAGAAAGCCUUGAAUUACACCUUGGGCCUUGAGAAAGCCUUGAAUUUCAUCCUGGGCCUUGAAAAGUCUUAAAAAUUGGUUGACAGCCUUGCAAAAUCCUUAAAUAUCAAGGUUUCAUUGGGAUAAGUGAAACCCUGGCAACUGAUUAUUUGGAUUUAACUUUGUCUCUACCUCCUCCCCUACAGAUGUUACUGUUUUAAUAAAUGUUACUACCAUGUCAGGUUGUAUUUUGAUCAAGUAGAUAGUUAUAAAUUGCUUUUUUGUUUUUCGUUUCCUCUCAAGAUGACUUAGAUGACAGGUAAAAUGGGCCUUGGAUAUUUAAUCAAGACAGUGAAAAAGCCUUGAAAAGGUCUUGAAUUUGGUUUGACAUAAUCUGUAUGAACCCUGCUUUCUACACGAUGUCUUUUGAGGGAAUGAUCAGAUUUUGAUGAAACUCCCUUGGUAGACCUACUAAUUAUGUUGAUUACUUUCACAGGAAUUUGAUGACUGAACACAAAUACAUGUAAUGAUUCUAAAUGUGUUUCAUGUCAUGCAUGUUGCCCACUUUAAUUUCAUGUAAUACAGUGUUUACAUGGGUGAUGCAUCUUGAUGACUAUGCCCUUAUUAGGAAUUAUAUUGUGAAGAUUUUUAACAUUUAAUUUGAUACUUUUAAAGGAAUGAUUUUCAGAUUGAUAUUUAGAUUUACAAACGAUUUUGAUAUUUUUAUGAUCUUUGAUCAUUUAUAUGGUGCUGAGUGACAUCUGAGACAAUAUUUUUGGGACAUUCAAUAGGAGUGUAACAAAUUGUCGACAGUCACCUGACACGACUGAUCACCUUUUGUUCAUUGUCAUACAUUGUCUGUCCGCAUGUAGUAGUUUAUAAAUAUUUUCUUCUCAGAAUCCCCCGAACCAAUUUCAAUAGAAUUUCGUUGAAAUCUUCCAGGGCCAACAAUGAACCAAAAUUAUGAAUUAUAUCAUAUAUGGUCCUGGGGCCUUAGGGAUGGGGCAAACAUUGUGAAACUGACUGAAAUUUCAAGUCUUCUUCUCAAGACCCAGAUAUGGUAGAAUCAAAUAAUCUUUCAUAUAAAAAAAAUUAUAACUUGGUUAGAAAAUGUUAAAUUACCAUUAGAAAUAAUUAUAACAUGGUUAGAAGGUGGUAAAUUGCCAUUGGAAUUAUUAUAACUUGGUUAGAAGGUGGUAAAUUACCAUUAGAAAUAAUUAUAACUUGGUUAGAAGGUGGUAAAUUGCCAUUGGAAAUAAUUAUAACUUGGUUAGAAGGUGGUAAAUUACCAUUGGAAAUAAUUAUAACAUGGUUAGAAGAUGUUAAAUUACCAUUGGAAUUAUUAUAACUUGGUUAGAAGGUGGUAAAUUACCAUUGGAAUUAUUAUAACUUGGUUAGAAGGUGGUAAAUGACCAUUGGAUUAAUUAUAACUUGGUUAGAAGAUGUUGCGCACGAGUGAAAAAUAUCAAAAUAUUAGCCACACGAGUGAAAUAUAUUUGGUAUUACUGAAGACACUGUUAGAUAUCCUCUAUAUCUUGGGGCUGAUGGGCGGGGCCAAAAUGUGUCUAAUUGACUGAAAUAUAUUAGAACACAGGUGAUCAUAAAGGUUCAUGGGCCUUUUGUUGUUAAUGAAUAAUGGUUUGUCGUUAAUGAAUAAUUGAUAUGUGAAUUUUUAUGUCUUGUUCGUAUCUACUUUUACAUUGAAAUUUUACACUGUAUGAGAAGUUUUUACUAAAGUAGUUUAUCUUUCAUACUUUUUUUUUGUUUUCAACUUGGUUGAAGCUGUGACCAUAACAAGAAAUAUUCUAAGUUCCCCAAUGGUUCCCAGAGGACUGUAGUUCUCCAUUUUGUCUGUCCAUCCUUCUGCCCUUUUUAGGGUCUAUAUAUCCCACACUACCUGUCACAGAGACUUCCUACGUGGAUCACAAGUUUAUCUAGGCAAGGUAGUGUGGCGGGUCCCAAAAGUAGGUCACUUUGACCUUCAUUUUGACCUUUCACCAAGUAAAAUGUCACUGGAAAUUCUUACUUGGGACAUAGAUCCAUGUUAACCUUGGGUUCACUGAAUUUCUGGGCCUAUUUUUAAUUCAUUCAUAAUUAUACAACCAACUAUAAUGUGGUCAGUCAAACACUCAGUGUGUAGAAUUUUAGUCCAGAUUCAUUAUUAAAGCAUUCUUGACAUGUAAUCUCACAUUCGGUAGGGGACUAAUUUGUCAAAUUGUCUUGUUUUAAAAAAUUGUUUAUUUCUAUAGCAAGCAAGGAGUGAUUAAUUUAACAAAUCUUGUAACCUUAUUUCGGUGAUAGAAACCUUGGAAGCUAGUCUGGAAUAUUUGGAUGGGUAUUUUUUACUGGUCGUAAAAAUUUUAUUUUGUCGCUGGUUUCCCAGUUUUUUAAAGGGUCACAUUUUCUUUCUAUUUAAAAACCAGAUUGUACAUUUUAUUAAGUUGCUUAGCACAAAUAUAUUAAUAUAUUUCAUUAUUGUUAGUCAAAAAAUAAAAUUCAUUAUGAUGUGAUAAUGAUUUUGAAGGAAAUACAAAUUGUGAUAUUUUUUUGAUUGUGCUAUUUACAUGUGUUAGACAGUAUUCCAGUGAUUAUAUAGAGAGAAUCAUUAAUAUAUAUUUGAGCAUACACAUAUAUGUAUUUGUUGAAGUGAUUUACAAACUUUAUACUAUUGUAUACUGCUUUUAAUUUAUGCAGUGUUAUUUCCGUUAUUUCAUCAAUAUUCCAGAAGUGUAGACUUUGUGGGAAGUGGAGAAGUCUGGGCACAAUAUAUAUACAUACAAUUGAUGAGGGAAGAAUACGUCAGGAAUGUGCACAUUGCCAUUUUGUUUUUGUCUUAUUUUUGAUGGGAAAUUUUUGUAUCUCUGAAAUUGUAGUCAAGUCUUACCAUGAAAACAACAAUGAUGAUAAAAUUACAUGGUAUGUGUUACACAUAUUUGGCUGAAAGGUUUGUUUUGUCCAACGAUUAUGUACACGUAGUUAAUUAUCACAAACAGUUUACUUAUACAGAAUAUAAUGUAAAUGAGCUUUAUCACUGCUACAACAGGAGAGCUCUCUCACUCCAAAAAUGUGAUCACGAUUCACUAAGCUUAUUCUUAUUCAUGCAAUAAAACUAAUAAAUCUCAA